AGAUGGACACAAAAAGUGAUGAUGACUGGCAAGUACAGGGGAGUGAUGAUGAAAAGUAUGACCCUGGAAAAAAGGGCAACGGAACCUGGUGUCCUUUGCCAGAAGAUAUCAUAAAGCUUUAUGAAGCUUUAGCAAAAGAAAAGGUUUUAAAACUGGAAUGGAAGUGUCCUGGUAGACAUUUACCAAAGGCAGAAAAACCUUCAGAAGAUGUCAAAAUGAAGGAGGAGGCUAAGCCAGAAAUCAUUCAACAACCUAAAGAAGAUUCAAAGCAAGUACAAUCAACAGAGUUUGAUUUUGAUGAUGAUGAUUUUGGUACAACAACAAAGGUUACACCUCAAAGAUUGCCAGGUAAUAGAACUCCCAGGACCCAGAAAAAGGUGGCAACCAUGGACAAAAUAUUGCAAGAUGUUAUGAAGCAAAGAAUACAGAAUUCAGCAGACCGAGAGACAAAGCGCAGACUUCAGCGAUCCCCUCGAACCCCAGGAUCAACCCCUGUCAAACCCCCUACAACUGCAGCAGGCAUCAGUAGCCCAGCCAAGCCCCCCGUCUCAGAAUUUCCCCCAAAUCCAACAGUGAGCGCCAGCUCUAGUACUGUUGUUUCAUCUGUGACAGAGAGUUCAGAGACUAAACCUGUAGAAAUGGAGACAGAACCCUCAUCAGAGACACAAAAUACUGCAGUCAAGUGAAAGAGUGUCCCAUUUAAAGAUUUCAGACUUUUGAAAAUGAAUUGAUUAAAGGAAUGUGUGACAAAAGACUAUAGAGAGUCAACAUUAUACACUUGAUGCUCUUUUAUAAAAGUGAUACCGAGACUGGCAAGAAAAAGACAGACUUGAAACUUAACAACUAGCUCUGGCUAUGAGUUGUUUUUAGUAAUCUCUUUUUAAAUGAUUCUGGAAAAUAAUAAUAAAUCAACCAUAAAAAAAAGAACACAGUUAAAAAUGGAGAAAAUUUUUAUUAAUUACAGGGAGCAUUCUUCACAAUAUGUAAGUCUCUGUGUGUGCAUUUUGUCUUUUCAUAUUCACAUCUGGAAUAAAGAAUUCAGCAUAUCAUUGCAUACGUGAUUGAUAUUAAAUAUGAUUCAUUAAUGAAAAGAA